ACAAACUCAUUAAGGAAGUGGUUUUCACACAAAUGGAUGCCUCAUAUAAAGAAAUGGGCACAUCUCCAUCGAACUUCAGAAAUGCUAAUUGCAAUCCACACAAACAAUGGGCUGGAAAGACAAAACGAAAUAUUAAAACUAAAUUAUCUAGAGGGCUACAAGAACUGCAUGCUUGUAGAAAUGAUUACUGUGCUACAUUCAAAGUUUUUCCCAAACACCUAUAAAAAGUAUGUACAGCUGAACUUACAAAGUUCACAAUGCUAUAGAAAAUAUUCAGAAGAAGUCCCAAAUUUCUUAAGAAAUCGCCCACGAGAUUUUGUCACACAUGUAAUGAAAAGAUUGGCAAGCAGUUUAACCGCUGCAGACAUCAAAAUUCGAAAAAAUUCAUCCGGAAUAUUUGAUGUAAAGAGUGAAACCGAACAUGAUAAAACUUACAUUGUCAAUGUGUCAGAAAAAAUACCAACAUGUAAUAGUUUAGACUGGAAAAAGAACUUCAUGCCUUGCAAGCACAUGUGUGCAAUUUUUGCUUUUGAGAAGGAAUUGGGUUGGGAAAAACUGGAUGCAGCUUACAGUCAGAACCCGCUUUUUGUCCUUGACACGGACUGUUUCAUUCCAGACACAGAACCAACUGCGGACAAAAAGUUAAGAGAGUGGUGCACUACAUCUGCAUCCACAAAUUCUGUAUCAAAGCUCCCACAACGGAGGAGAACAAAACGAACGAUCAUGAUAUGGAGUUGCACGCAAAAGAUAAAGAGACUGCUAGACAGUGUAUAUUUACAAAAAGAUGAGGACUACCUCAGAGCUGGAAAGAUCCAUCGAUUUGCUAUUAGAAAAAUCUUUUAG